UAUAUAAUCAAAUAGGUUUUGCAAUAUAAAAAUAUCAAAACACAUUUUCUUAAAACUCUUCUCAAAAAUUAUUUUUCGAUACUAUUUGUUGAUACGCAAACCAAAUAGGCUCUAUGUAACCAUCUCUACCUCUCUCAAGAUUAUAUAUGUGCGAAUACUAGGUUACAUUGAAAACGACACUUGGAAGGACAAGCCUUCAUUUUGAAUGGAGUUUUCUGUUUGAUGUGUUUCUUGAAUGCUUUAAUUUGGAUGGAAAAGCAUGUUGUUCCCUAAUAUAAACUUUAUAUUGCCUUAGUCAUGGAUAGAGAAAUGUGGAACUUCCACAUCUAUCUUGUCCUCAUGUCUCUGGCGAUUAGCCUAAUCUGGCACUAAUGCACGUACCUGCAUCUGAUACUAAGGCUCUAGUCCAUACAAGCAACAAAUGUUGCAGCUGAAUUUCUUUUGUAGGAUUUUUACUUAGAGAUGGAAAUUUUUUUAUUUAAUUACAUGCUAUGGUGUUUGCACAGAAUACAUGUCAAAGUUAGCCAGUUAGGUAUCUGUGCAUGCGUUCUAAAUUCUUUUGCAAUUUGCAGCCUAAGUAUAUUGUGAUAUGGACUGCAGGAAACCCAAGGGUAACUCCUGAAGUUACCAGGGAUGUGUGCUUAUUAGCUAGAAUGAUGGUUGCUAACUUGUACUUUUCCCAGAUAGAGGAUCUUAUGUUCGAGCUUUCAAUGUGGCGCUGCAAUGAUGAACUCCGUGUUCGUGCUGAUGAACUUCAUAGGUCCUCAAAGAGGGAUGCAAAACACUAUAUUGAGUUUUGGAAACAAGUCCCUCCAAAUGAGCCUUAUCGUGUUAUUCUUGGUGAUGUGAGAGACAAGCUGUAUAAUACACGUGAACGUGCUCGUCAUAUAUUAGCCAAUGGGAUCUCUGAUAUUCCUGAGGAGACAACUUUCACUAAUGUUGAGCAGUUCCUGGAGCCUCUUGAGCUUUGUUACAGAUCGCUCUGCUCUUGUGGCGAUCGACCGAUUGCUGAUGGAAGCCUUCUUGAUUUCUUACGGCAAGUUUCCACCUUUGGGCUCUCACUUGUGAGACUUGAUAUCCGACAGGAGUCAGAUAGACACACUGAUGUCUUAGAUGCUAUCACAAGGCACCUAGGGAUUGGAUCCUACAAAGAAUGGUCGGAGGAACGCAGGCAGGAGUGGCUCUUAUCUGAACUUGGCGGAAAGCGCCCUCUGUUUGGCCCCGAUCUUCCCAAAACCGAAGAAAUUGCUGAUGUGUUAGACACCUUUCAUGUCAUUGCUGAACUCCCCUCAGAUAGCUUUGGGGCAUACAUAAUUUCAAUGGCAACUGCUCCAUCUGAUGUGCUUGCCGUCGAGCUUUUACAGCGUGAAUGCCGUGUCAAGACUCCAUUAAGGGUUGUUCCUUUGUUUGAAAAACUUGCGGAUCUCGAGGCUGCACCUGCUGCUGUGGCUCGCCUCUUCUCAAUAGAUUGGUACACACGCCGGAUCAAUGGAAAGCAAGAAGUCAUGAUUGGGUACUCAGAUUCAGGCAAGGAUGCUGGCCGUUUUUCUGCAGCUUGGCAAUUAUAUAAGGCUCAAGAGGAGCUUAUAAAAGUUGCAAAACAAUAUGGGGUGAAGCUUACAAUGUUUCAUGGCCGAGGAGGGACAGUUGGAAGAGGAGGUGGUCCUACUCAUCUUGCUAUAUUAUCCCAGCCACCUGACACGAUUAAUGGAUCCCUUCGUGUGACUGUUCAAGGUGAAGUAAUUGAACAGUCAUUUGGAGAGGAACACUUGUGUUUUAGAACACUGCAACGUUUCACAGCAGCUACACUUGAGCAUGGGAUGCAUCCCCCCAUCUCGCCAAAGCCAGAAUGGCGUGAACUCAUGGAUGAGAUGGCAGUCGUUGCUACAAAGGAAUAUCGUUACAUAGUUUUCCAAGAACCUCGAUUUGUUGAAUAUUUCCGUCUUGCAACACCAGAGUUAGAGUAUGGUCGCAUGAACAUUGGCAGUCGUCCAUCAAAAAGAAAACCUAGUGGUGGAAUUGAAUCUCUCCGAGCAAUACCAUGGAUCUUUGCAUGGACCCAGACGCGUUUUCAUCUCCCAGUCUGGCUUGGAUUUGGGGCUGCUUUUAGGCAUGUCAUUGAAAAAGAUGCACGAAAUCUCCAAAUGCUUAAGGAGAUGUACAAUGAGUGGCCUUUCUUUAGAGUGACAAUUGACUUGGUUGAGAUGGUGUUUGCCAAGGGAGACCCAGGGAUUGCUGCCUUGUAUGACAAGCUCCUGGUCUCAGAGGAAUUGCAGCCAUUUGGAGAGCGCUUAAGGGCUGAUUAUGAAGACACUAAGAACCUUCUCCUUCAGGUUGCUGGGCACAAAGAUCUCCUUGAAGGAGACCCAUACUUGAGGCAGAGACUCCGGCUUCGCGAUGCGUACAUAACCACCCUUAACGUGUGCCAGGCCUACACAUUGAAGCAGAUCCGUGAUCCUAGCUACAAUGUGAAGGUGAAGCCCCCUCUGUCAAAGGAGAUCAUGGAAUCGAGCAAACCGGCUGCUGAGCUCGUGAAGCUUAAUCCUACGAGCGAGUAUGCUCCUGGAUUGGAAGACACUCUUAUCUUGACCAUGAAGGGUAUUGCUGCUGGAAUGCAGAACACUGGUUGAGUUUUUUUCUUUUUUCUUUUUUGUAAUGUUUGUUCAAUAAAUCCCUAUGUCUCUUCAAUUUAUGACAUUGAGAAACAUAUGGUGUCUAUUUAACAGAGCUGUGAAAUGGCAACUAAUACCCCCCCACAAAGGGUCUGCUUUGAUACAAGUACAUAAUAUUUAUUGCCAUUAUAAUAUAGGAAAUAUGUUUAGGGCAUGGACUUAAAACCUCAUAAGUUUUG